AUGGCCGCCCUCAGAGCUUCUUGCCGGGCAACUCUUGGGCUCUAUCGCCGCCCUUCGUUUGCAAUUGCACAAUGCCAGUCGGCGAGAUCUAUCCAGAGGCAGUACCAAUGGCGGGGUUACGCCGCCUCAAUCGAUAACCAGCAAAAGCUCCUAGCCGCGGAUUUGGAGAAUGCGGACCCAACUGUCUUCCAGAUCAUCGAGAAGGAGAAAAACCGACAGAAACAUUUCAUAAACCUCAUUCCGUCGGAGAACUUCACAUCACAGGCCGUGCUCGAUGCGCUCGGUAGUGUAAUGCAAAACAAGUACUCUGAGGGCUACCCCGGAGCACGUUAUUAUGGAGGAAACGAAUUCAUUGAUGAAGCUGAAAGGCUUUGCCAACAAAGAGCGCUCAAGGCUUUCGGAUUGAGCGAGUCAGAGUGGGGUGUGAACGUCCAACCUUUAUCUGGCUCACCUGCCAAUCUCUAUGCCUACUCUGCCAUCCUUAACACCCACGAUCGUAUCCUCAGUCUCGACCUUCCUCACGGAGGCCAUCUAUCCCACGGCUACCAGACCCCCACCAAGAAGAUCUCCGCCGUCUCCAAAUACUUCGAAACACUUCCAUACAGGUUAGACGAGAAGACGGGAAUCAUUGACUAUGCUCAAAUGGAGGAGCUUGCAACUCUUUAUCGACCAAAGGUCAUUGUUGCGGGAACAUCCGCUUAUAGCCGUCUGAUAGAGUAUGAGCGGGUCCGCAAGAUCGCUGAUAAUGUAGGAGCGUACGUCUUGGCAGACAUGGCCCACAUUUCUGGGUUAGUGGCGGCUGGUGUUGUUCCAUCUCCGUUCCCAUACGCCGACAUUGUCACGACUACAACACACAAGUCGUUGCGUGGCCCACGCGGUGCCAUGAUCUUUUACCGUAAAGGUGUGAGGCGUGUAGAUAAGAAGGGUGUUGAGGAGCAUUAUGAUCUGGAAGGACCCAUCAAUGCUUCCGUCUUCCCUGGACAUCAGGGUGGCCCUCAUAACCACACCAUCACGGCAUUAGCUGUUGCUCUUCAACAGGCUCAGUCUAAGGAGUUCAAACAGUACCAACAGGCUGUGCUGGAUAACUCCAAGGCCCUUGCCGAGAGGUUGGGUAAUUCCAAAGAGAAUGGCGGAUUGGGCUACAACCUCGUCUCUGGCGGAACAGAUAACCACCUCAUCCUGAUUGAUCUCAAGGACAAGGGUGUCGACGGCGCACGCGUAGAGCGUGUGCUUGAGCUUGUUGGUGUCGCAAGUAACAAGAACACCGUUCCUGGAGACAAGUCUGCGAUGAAGCCUGGCGGUCUUCGAAUUGGUACUCCUGCGAUGACCACUCGAGGUUUCCAGGGAGAAGAUUUCCAUAGAGUAGCUGACAUUAUCCAUCGCGCCGUGACCAUCACCCAGAAGAUCGACAAAGAGGCCAAGGCCAAGGCCGAACAAACUAAGAGGAAGAACCCAGGCAGUGUAGCUGCUUUCAAAGAAUACCUAGGUGAGGGCGGCGAGAUCACAGACAUUGUACAGUUGCGACAAGAGGUUGAGGACUGGGUUGGCACCUUCAAGCUCCCAUGGACCAAGGGCGAAUGAUUGUAACUAUAUGAUUUGAGCGUUAGAUUUGGCUGCACUGGCAGCUUUCAGCUUUCAAAAUGUUUGUUUCUCCGAGAUUUCUAUAACGUAUAUAUACAUUCAACAUAGC